AUGUGGGGUUUAUGAAUUAUAUCUCUCUCAAUUCUUCUUACAAAAUCUCAAUUAAUUGUUGAUAUAAUUGUAAGCUCUUUUAAAGAUUCACAACUAGCUUCAAAUUUUACGGCUUUGGUGCAACAAAAUUUUCAAGAUCGAUUUUCAUUUAAUUUAGUUCCCAUUGGAAACAUUUGGGAUAUUGAAAAUCUUGUGGAUAUUCCAGAUAUACCUGACGAAAUACAUUAUCAGGCACACAUAUUCUUAUUUAUCAAAUUGAGCAGAAGCAUUUUGGAAAGCCAAUUUCAUAAUUACAAAUCAAUAUGUAUUAUAUGUUUUCUAAUAUGAUAGUUUGCCUGGCAAUUCAAAAAUGGAAAACUCAGCUCGCCAAGCUGCACAGCUAAUAUAAGUCGUUUAAUCAAUAUAAAUGUGAGGUCUAUAUAAUUUUUGAUAUGACUUUUAGCACUUCUUUUUCAAAAUCAAUAAUGCAGCUUGCCGAAGAAAAACAUAUAAUUUUAGUUAAAACUAGUAAGCCAGCUAGUAUAUAUUCCAAUUGGGAAUUUUUUACUCACAAUUCAUGGGAAAACAAAAUUGAAGCUUUAUCAAGUGUCCUUUUGUAUUUAAAUUGGACAACUUUUAUAGUGAUUUCUGAUGAAAUUUAUAUUCAAGAUAAUUAUUUUUCAAAAAAAGAUUGCCAAUGAUUUUAUUUCUCAAAUAGCAACAAUAAAAAUUCCGCAGAUCUAUUUAUAGGAAAACAAAUUCAGCCUACUGGGGUUAGAAAUAUCGUGAUAUUGAAUAAAGGAGAAAGCACAAGAAUGCUUUUGCAAAGUUUAGGAGAGCAUAAUUUUCUUACUAAUGGGACUGGGGUAUUGGUAGGAAAUGAAGGUUCAUGAAAUUUAUAUGGAAAUGGAGUCAUUUCUUAUACAGAAUCAGGAUUAGAAAAUGCUGAUAGUUAUUAUAGUUAUGAAGGCUUAGCACUUAUAAAAUUUUUAAAUUUGGUUCUUGAAUGCCCUUCAGGGUCGGGUCCUUUAGAUUUGGUUGAAUUUUUAGAUAAAAAUACAGUUGAUCAUCAUCCUAUAUCUAACUUUACUUUAUUGAAUUUCAAGAAUAAUGAAAAGAUUAUAGCAGGGAAUAUUUUUAACGGAAAUUUGACCAUUUCAAAGUCUUUAAAUUUUCCAGGAGAUUCUUCAAUAAUUCCAAACUCUCCUACUACGGAUGUAAAUAUAUGAAUUGCAGAUGGAACAACAAAUCCAGGAGCUGAUCCUGAACUAUUGGCAACAACUGUGACAUAUGCCGAGUUUUAUGCAUUAAGCUAUUGAAACAGUAUACAUGCCUUACUUUCCUGAGCUAGCAAAACUGUUGUAAAAUAAGUAUUUUUCUAUAAAUUAAACCCCACCAAACGUUUUUAUAUAUAAACAAUGAUCAUUAAAAGAAAUCUCUGGCUGCUUUUUUAAAUUACAAAUAGCUUGUUUUAUGAACGUUAAUUUUAUGAAUUAAAUUAGUUUUUACGUUGAGAGGGAGCUAGAUGGCUUUGAAAUCACAGUUACGGACACAGACUGUGGGGUAACAAUAUACAAUGCAGAUUAUGCGUAUUCUUGCUUUUCUAAAUUACUUGAAACCCCUGGAGUUGGAUAUUUAACCUCUCUUUAUCCAUGGAUGACUAUUGGCUAUAUUUAUACAUUAUAUUAUAUCAAGAUUAAUCUUCCUCUCGUUUAGAGUCCAAUACCAUGUCAUCUGCCUGAGCUUCCCUUCCUGCUUCUGAGUUCCCCCGAUCCACUGUCAUAUAAGGCACCGCGCGCGUUCGCCUCUGAAUUGUCGAUAGGCUUCGAGUGUUCGAUUUUUGUCCUUCUGGCUCAAACAGAAACCAACUUGGGUCCUUCAGGCCCCUAAAGAUUCCAAUCUCUGCACCUGGGUUGGUGGUAUCCUUCCAGUCCCUAAAGGGGCAGGAUUCCUGUGCUACACAUCGCAGGUUUUUAAAGCCCUGUCAUAAUCAGGAUAAAUUCGCUGGGGAAGCUAAGCCUCGCAAUCAUAAAAUGCAAAAGAGAGAAUUUUCGCUUGCGACCAGAAAUUUCGAAUGACGCCAUUUUGUGAUUAUGGCUAUAUUUAUACAUUGAGAUAUCUCAAUUGUUCAAUGCCUCAUAUUUCUCCAUAUGCCCCUUCCACUGUUACAGAAAAUUAUACUUCAAUUAAUUAUUUAGCGAUUAUUGUGAUACUCUCUCAGUUUUCAUCUGAACUAAUUACUCUGCCACUGAAUUAGUUGACUUAUUAUAGCACACCCCUCUUGGUUGCUCGCCAUUAAAUACCUCCCCAUGUCACUCGCCCCUGAGAUCCUGAAAAUUUUAAAUGUUAAAAUAAUAUUUUACAAAUCCCCCUCAAAUAUUUGGGACCGUCAGGGGGUAGGUGGCAUUGGAAGGGGGGUGCUCAAGGUCGAUCUAAAACGGGGUGUAAGCUAUAUUGUAGACAUUGAUUUUAUCAUAGUGGCUCAUUCUAGAUUUCUUUAGCCUCUCGAUUUUGCUUCUGAAUGCUGCAGGAGACUUAUUUUUUGCUUCAAAAUAGGAAAAAUCUUAUGGUCUUUCCAGAUCAAGAAAAAAUAUGAUCUAUAAAUGAAGCUCGACUGACCAUGAGCUUUAUUAAUCACUUUUUCUCCUAGCUGAGGUUUUUGCUCAGCUUAAAGAAACUUUUCCUCAAGUCAACCUCUACCAUCGAGUCAACGGAGCUUGGGCUUCUGGGACAGAGAGGCUGGCGAGAUUGACCGGCAUCAAGGAAUGUGUGACGAAGACUGGGCGUAUUUCUUUAUGAUUCAAAAAUCAGCAGAGAGAUGAUCGUCUGAGACAAGAUAUCUUCCUUUAAGGCCAAAGGUCUUACCACAGUACUGAUAUACGCUCCUGUUUGCUAUCUGGCAUAACUGUUCUAAAUUUCACAAUUAAGUCCCAUUUAUUAUAAUUAAAAAAUUAUACAGCAUUUCCUGAAUUUAUGACAGUCAUAAAAGAUGUAACAUUCAAUACCCAAGUCAUUUUAAACCUCGCAGUGAUUUUUGGUUGAAAAAAUUUUGUAGUAAUUUAUGACGAUGCAGGUAUAGUGAUGUAUAAUUAUUUUGUUGCGCAACUAAAAAAAUUCAAUAUGAGGAUUGUAAAUCCUCCAGAAUUGCAAAAAAUUGAUAUUUUAACUUAUUAGGAUACGAACAUCAUUUUGCAGGAACUGUAAUGAUAUAAGGAAAAUAUAGAACUCGGCUUAUAAAUUAAAAAAUUACAAUGAUAUAAAAACGAAUACGUACUAUACUAGAAAUGAUUAUCCGAAAUGAAAAUAUUGGUUCGAGGGGAUAAUAAAGCUAAGAGCCAGACUUAUGGUAGGGUUUUUGACACCUCCUUAUUGAAUGUAUGUGACUGAAAGCUUUUAUGAUGCUGGGAUGAGGAGAAGCGAUUGAAUCUUUUUAGCUAACGCGAGACUUGCUUAUUCACUUUCAUGGGAAACUGAUGAAGUUCAGCGUAGAAAGCUUAUUAAUUUAUUGUAUGGAGGAAUUGUUAUUGCCCAGGCUGAAUGGAUUGGAGAUUAUGGACAAAUGCUGAGGGAUGGCUUUAUAAAAGCUUAUAUCAACGACACAGAUUUUCGCUGUUUAGCAUUUGAUUCUGCAAUGCUGCUUCUGCAUGGGAUAGAAUUUACUAUACAAAAAGGUCAAAAUGUUAAGGAACAAAACCAUUAGAAAAAUCCCUAUUUUGUGACCAAAAACCCACCCUCCAUGAGCGAAAAAAAUAUUUUAAUAGAAGAAAUUUUUAUGGAAAAAAAAUUGAUAUAUAUGUGAUAAUUAGUAUAAUGAAAUCUCUAGCUAAUUUUGUUUAAUUUUAAACAAAUUGCGUUUUAAAACAUAUUUUACAAAUUAAACUAAUAUUUGCUUUCCAAUUUUUGCGAAGUGAGUUUUUUUUUCAAAAAAAAAUUAACCCCCUCUGUGAGCGAACAAAAUUUUUUUGUUCGCUCAUGGAGGGGGAGUAAGGAUUUAUGGAGUAAUAAACGCAAAUUUAAGAAAACAGAAAUUUGCAGGGUGCUCUGGGACAAUAUCAAUUGAGCCAGGAGGUAAUCAGAGGAGUCUGCCCACAAUUGGAAUUCAUAACCUAAAAUGGGAUGAGAGCUCUGGUAAAAUAUAUGAGGAUCUUGUCGGAGAGUACGAUCUCAGCAGUGCUCAGUUAAUCACUUUUUAUAAGGCUAUUGUAUGAUAUGAUAACACCACAAAUGUGCCGACUGAUAUUAUAGAGUAUGAAAAUGGCUGCCCAUUUCCAGCUAAAAUUAUUUCUCGGUCUGGUAAAGGCUCUGGAGUUUUAUAUGGAGUUUCUUCUGCAUUGAUAAUUAUUUCGAUAAUCGAGGCAUUUAUUAUGUGGGAAAAGUUAUGAAGCUACCUAUGCAUUAAUAAAUUAACGAUACAAUCUUUGGUGCAGUUUGAAGAUUAUAUUUUGAUGGCAAUAGUAGCAAUAGAUUUUUUUCAAUUUCUAUCUCAAGGGCCAGAUAUAAGUGGGCGGAAUAAAUGGCUGUCCUUAUUGUGCACUUAUUCACUGAUUAAUUUUGAUUAUACAGUUACGGGAGAUGCUUAUUGGGUUUACUUGUAUACAGCUAUGGGGAUUUCCUGCUACUUGAUUUUUACAUUCAUUUUAUUAUUUUAUAGGAUUAAAAAUUGUCUAACUCCCCCCUCCGUGAGUGAACAAAACCAUUAGAAAAAUCCCUAUUUUUGGCCAAAAACCCACCCUCCGUGAGCGAACAAAAAUAUUUUUAAUAGAAAAAAUUUUUAUGGAAAAAAAUUUUGAUAUAUAAGUGAUAAUUAGUAUAAUGAAAUCUUUAGCUAAUUCUGUUUUAAUUUUAUAAAUUAAAUUAAUAUUUGUUUUCCAAUUUUGCGAAGUGGAAUUUUUUUAAAUUUCGAAGAAAAAAAAUUCUAUACAAUUUAUAUAUAAAUUUUUUUUAAAAAAUUAACUCCCCUCGCGAGCGAACAAAAUUUUUUUGUUCAUUCACAGGGGGUGAGUAAGAAUUAUGCUGCAGCAUAUUAAAAGCCUUUCUUUGCUAUUUUUACCUUUGAUUGGAAAUAUAGCAUUUUUACCUAUGGUUUCAGUUCUUUUAAGCAUCUUUCAAUGUGACCAAGGAAUUAGUUCAGAUCUUACUGAUUCAUUUAUAAGACAAGACUGCAAUACUUAUUGUUGAGAUAAUAAAUAUAUAUUAUGAGGAAUCUUCUCCAUAGCUUCACUAGUGACUUAUAUCCCUCUUUCUUUAUAUUUCAGACAUUAUUUUGAAAACAUUAAUGAAAAUACUAAUAUCAAAACUAAGCCACUUUUUAUUAUAGAGAAAACAAUUUUUCAGAUUAUUAUUGUAGUCCUGAAUAAAACAUUAAAAAUUUACGAUGAAUCUUUACAUGGGCUGUGCUGUAUAAUUCUAUUUAUCAUUUUAAUUGCCCUAUGCCAUAUACAAAGACCUUAUAACUAUCAUAGAAUGAACUUGUGGCUGAUUAUAUCAUAUCUGGCUAUUUUAUGAAGCUUUAUAUUGUCAACUGUUUAUUGAAUCAUAAAAUUUGACUCAAUAAUACUCUGGUUAACUCUUCAAUACUCAGGAUUCUUCAUAUUUAUAGCUGCAGGCAUUGCGAUUCAAUGCAAAUGAUGCCCAAGCUUGCUCUAUACAGAAAAACCAGUAGACAUUGCAGUCUUUUUCAAAUUUUCAUUGGGAAACAAGAUAGCUGCUACAGAGAUUAAUAAAAUGAAAAAAACGCUGAUGGAGAUUCAAAACUCAUCAAAAAUGAGAACUUCAAUUAUUGAUUCCCAAUCAAUUGUUUAUACGUCCAAAGCAGUUAUGAUAUCUGAAUAA